AAAUUUACUUCCCGAGCCGCAGUAUAAAGGUUCGCAGGCAACAGUUGGACGUAGCAUCCAUUGUUGUGUGUAUGAUCUAUCAUAAGAUGUAAAUGCUAAUGACUGCACAUCUGUAACCAGUGAUGUUUUCCUACGAAUCACUGAGCCCAUGUAUACACAGCAGAGAAAAUCCUGGAGAAGUCCCAAAUCGCACUACACCCCGAAUAUUAUAACGUUCUAAAUACAGUACGGCGUGUGGCUUCUUGCUUUAAAUCGGACAACUAAUCCGCUUACUUAUUUCUUUAAACUGUGAUUUAUCAGAACGAAAACAUGAGAAGAAAAAAUAUGUGAUGAUACAAAUGUGAGUGUUUUAUGAGUGUUGUCUGUGAUAAUGGCGUUGAUUUCUCCUGGAGAGGAGCGCCGAGUUCCAAACAUUAAGAUGCCGUGGAUAAUUCCCCUCUGUUUGCUGUGUUUCACUCCUGUGAUCUGUGGAACUAGUUUUCAACAAUUUAGAGUGGACGGUUUCUUUGGAGACUCGAACAUCGGUGCCAUCAACAUGUUUAAGUGGGCAAUGCAGCAGUUGAACAUGGAGAAUUUGAAACAUCCGGGUACUCCAAAUGCAAACUAUUUGACGCAAUCGGUGACCGGUGACGACCCAUUCGAGGCAGGAAAUCACGUAUGUGAAGCCAUUCAAAACGGGAGUCGAGUAAUAUUCGGGCCUUUUACUCGGGCCUCAGCAAAUCACGUGCAGUCAGUCGGGCGUAGCCUGCAGAUUCCCGUACUUCAGGCCCAUUGGGACCCCCGAGAUUUGAUCACCAACUCUUUCUCUAGGGACAGAAUUCCAGCUCACGUGAACUUGUAUCCUAGCUACGGAAACCUUAGUCAGGGUUUCCGGGAAAUCAUCCAACAGUUCGGCUGGAAAAACCUGACGGUCCUGUACGAGGACGAUGACGGUUUAAUACGAGCUCAAGAAAUAUUAAAACUAGAACCAGAUAUACAUGUGUAUCUCCGGAAAAUGGAGGAUCACCCGGAGAUGUUGUACAGAAUGUUUAUAGACAUGAAGGAUAAAAAGGAGUACCGAGUAGUCCUAGACUGCAAGACAUCAAACAUUUUCUCUAUUUUACAGAAGGCCCUGCAAUGCAAUGCCUUAACAGAGGAUUUUCACUAUUUCCUUACCAAUUUAGACCUGCAUAUGGUAGACUUGGAAUCAUUCAAGUACUCUGGAGCCAACAUCACAGGAGUCAGUUUGAUAGACAUCAACAGCCGUGUAGUGGCAGAAGUCAAAUCAAAAAUUGCAGAGUCAUUUUCGAGUAAUGAUGCUCCGUAUUCACCAUUCUACAACGGUCCACAGGAAAUAACGACGGAGCUAGCGUUCAUUUACGACAGUGUGCGGUUACUGGGCGAGGCUCUCAACGGGACACUGGCCAGCAGAAAGAAGCUGAACUUUAGUCAGGCCGUGGGGUGCGGACGGUCCCCAGCCUGGGAGGACGGGAGAGACUUUUACGACUUUAUAAAAUCUUCCACCGUUUUCGACGGCUUGACAGGAAAAGUUCAACUUGGAAACUUUGGGGAAAGGAACAUGUUUAAACUGAACAUUUACCAGCUCUCAAAUAGCAACCUCAAACACAUUGGUUUUUGGGAGCCCCCUAACUCCCUUACCAUGCAGCUAAUCCACAGAAACAAGACGAGAAACCCCGGUCUGGCCACUUAUAAGGUGGUGGUAGUGUUGGUGGAGCCAUAUGUUAUAAAAAAGGACGGUAAAUAUGAGGGAUUCUGCAUCGAUAUCAUGGACGCUCUGGCGCAGCGGUUGAACUUCCGGUAUGAGGUCAUCGAGUCGCCGAACAAUGUGUAUGGCAACUGUAUGGAAUUUAAUAACGGCACCGUUUCCUGCGACGGGAUGGUUAAGAUGUUAGUCGACCAGCAAGUUGACAUGGCAAUAACUGGAUUUACAAUAACCCACAGUAGGGCUAAAUACAUCGACUUCACCAAGCCGUUUAUGAACCUCGGGAUCACGGUGCUCUUCCGGAAGCCCAAACCUGACCCCCCUCAGCUGAUGUCAUUCUUGGCCCCCCUGGACAAUACUGUGUGGGCGGGCAUUAUAACCGUGUUCCUGGGCAUAAGCCUGGUCCUUCUUAUUACGGCACGCUUCACGCCUUAUGAAUGGAUCAAUCCCCACCCCUGUGAUCCUACCACAGAGGAAGUAGAAAACCAGUUCACUCCACUCAGUUCUUUGUGGUACGUGAUUGCUGCGCUUAUGCAACAGGGUUGUGAGCUGGCCCCUGUGGCGGUCUCUACUCGGACACUAGCCGCUGUGUGGUGGUUCUUCACUCUCAUUCUAAUCUCUUCCUACACUGCCAAUCUGGCGGCCUUUUUGACGGUCGAAAACGUCGUCUCGCCGAUUGAGAGUGCCGAAGACCUCGCCAGUCAGACAGAAAUAAAAUUUGGAACAACUGAAGGUGGCAGCACGAUGGACUUUUUCAAGUCAUCAAAUAAUCCAACGUACCUUAAGAUGUUCGACAUUAUGGAAAGAGCGAACCCGCCAGUUUGGGCCAACAUUGAGGAGGGGGAGAGACGAGUUUUACAGGGGGACUAUGCCUAUCUGUCCGAGUCUUCCUCCAUAGAAUACCGCGUGGAGCGCAACUGUGACCUCAUGCAGGUCGGGAAUUGGCUGGAUUCUAAAGGCUACGGGAUCGGCCUACCAAAAGAUUCAGAUCUAACCGACGAAGUUUCAAGGGAGGUAAUCAAGCUUCAGGAGGAACAAAUCAUCCAAAGUAUGUAUGACAAGUGGUGGAAACAAAAGAAGGAUGUUGAUUGUUCUGGCGGCAAAACGCAGACGACAAAUCCGCUCACUAUGCAGAAUGUUGGCGGGAUUUUCCUCGUGCUGAUGAUCGGGACAUUUUUCGGGCUGAUAGUGGCUUUGGGCGAGUUCCUGUGGAUAGCCCGCCAAAAUGCAAGGAAAUAUAAGUCCCAUUGGAGGUCAGAGAUUUGUAAAGAAUUUCGGUUUGAAUGGAAAUGUGGAAAAUCUUAUAAAGAUUCAACAGAGAAUGUACUUCAAAGCAUCCCCUUGACAAAGAGUUAUGUGAAGGCCAACGGUGGUCAGGACAUUACAUAUGACACAAAUACUAGUGAUGACGUCACAUGACGUCAUGAUAAACAGACCAAUUUUAAUGAAUUUCAUAUGAAUCACUCUUUUUCAUUGCUGGAUGGUUACUGUUCAUUGUUUGCUUACUGUUUCUGCAAAUAUGUUGAUUUUUGUUGAAUGAAGAAUAAAGCUUGAUUGUGUACUUA